AUGCAGAGAGCAGGGAGCGUACAGAAAUAGGUGAAAUGUCUGAUGAAUAUGUAUGUAAUAUUCAAUCUUGCUUAAAAGUCUUCACAACACGGCGUAGGCUCGCAAACCACCAAUACAGAAUUCACCCAAACAAAGACUUAUUUGUCAGAAAUUUACAUGAAUCAUUUCAAUGUGAAAUUUGUAACAAGAAAUUUUCAAGACGUAAAAUAAUAUUACACGUGACAUUCCAUUUAAAAAGAAAACAAGGACUAAAAUGUCCUUUUUAUAAUGAGUGUGGCAGAUAUACUUGUUUUAAAAGUAUUAAUGUUUUCAGAGUCCAUAUUGUAAGAAAUCAUAAAACGUUGACAAAAACUCAAACCGAAAAUCUCACAACAUCUUGUCUGUUAUCAGAGUCUUAUGAAGUCGUUCCCAAUUCCGACUUUACAGAAAAUACCGCAACUACAUCUCAGGAGGAUGAUAACUCAAACAUAAGAGAGUUUUUUGAUUCUUUCGUUUCGCUACAAAUGCAGUUACACAUACCAUCAACUUCAUUCAAUGCAAUAAUUAAUUCCUUCUCCACAGUAUAUGAGUUAGACGAACAUCAAAAAAUUGAGAAACUUGAGAAGACAUUGAUAGAACACGGUUUGAAUACACACCAAAUUGAACAGAUAUGUAAAAGCUUCAAAUCUGAAAAGACUUUGUUUAAAAAAUUAUUCCAUUCGGAUUCAGGGUUAUUACGAAGUGCAUAUUCUCGAAACAAGGAACUUUCAAAGAGUGACUUUCUCGUACAACCACAAGAAGUGUUUUUAGGCGCACGUGAGGAUGGAAGUACUGCUACCUAUAUUUACAUACCAAUUCUAGAAUUAUUGUCCACUUUGUUUAAAAACACUUCCUUUCGAAGUGAAUAUUUUUCAUCUAAAAACACGAAAGAUUCCUAUUAUCUUGACUUAAACGAUGGUGAAAUAUGCAGAUCAAACGCUUUUUGGGAUCCUGCUUUAAAAAAUAUUCAACUUUUAGUGUAUCAGGAUGCUUUCGAAGUAUGUGCUCCUUUGAAAAGUGCAAAAACAAAACACAAGUUGGUAGGCGUCUAUAUGUCUGUGGGAAAUGUCCACAGAUCGCACCGGGCAAAAAUUAAUAAUUUACACUUGGUAGCUCUUUGCAAAGAGUCUGAUUUUAAAUAUUUUAAAUCGAACAAAAUUUUUGAAAAACUCGUACACGAUAUCAGAGUUUUAGAAAUCGAUGGAAUAAAUGUUGAACAUGAGGAGCAAAGCAAUAAUAUGAAGGGUUCUAUAUUCGCAAUCUUAGGAGACAACUUGGGUAGCCAUCAAGUUGGUGGAUAUGUAGAAAAUUUUUCUACAUCAAUCUAUUUUUGCAGAUACUGCUAUGUGACAAGAUCUCAAUUCACCUCAAAUCCGCAUGUAAUAGCUCCAUUAAGAACAAAGAACUCACAUAUAAAGGACUUAAAUGAAUUAACAACGAAUAAAUUAAAUAAUGUUAGAGGAGUUAAAUUUGAAACAAUUUUUAAUGAACUAAAGUAUUAUAAUAUUAAUUCACCUGGCAUGCCCCCGUGUAUUGCCCACGAUUUAUUCGAAGGAAUUAUUGGUUACGACAUCUUGCUCAUUUUUAAAUAUGCCGUUGCAGAAAACUGGGUAACAUUCAAAAACAUUUCUUACAGCAUCAAAUAUUAUUUUAAAAUCUUAAACAUGAAUGCUUCAAUUUCCAUAACGCCUAACUUUUCAAAGAUUUCCGGUCGAGCAUAUGAUAUUUGGUCCUUAAUCCAAAUAUUGCCGUUCAUAUUCUCACCACUUCAUUCUAAAGUAGAUUUUUCCUCUGACCCAUACAUUAAAAUGAUAAUGACUUUGAAAUAUUUGGUUGAUAUUCUUGUUGCUCCACAAAUAUCUGAAGCUCAAAGAGGAGAAUUAAAAUUCUAUGUUGCGGAGUACAUAGAGUACAGGCAUAAUUUGUUUUCGGAGCCUCUUAAACCAAAACACCACUAUUUGAAUCAUUAUACAUAUCUGAUCAGACAGUUUGGUCCUUUAACUUCAUUUUGGACUCUGAGGUUUGAGAGCAAACACAAAUAUUUUAAGGAUUGUGUAACUUCGGCUCGCAAUUAUAUAAACGUUGCCAAAUUGUGCGCUGAGAAACACCAAAGGCAUCAGUCUAUAUGGCUUAGUGAUAACAUGUGGAAUAAUACAGUGCAAGUUCUUACAAGGAAAAACGUUAUUAACCUCUUAGAUUGUGAAGAAAUUUUAUUGCGAAAUGCGAAAAUUAACUCUGACAACGUAUUUUUUACAAAAUCGCUCACAUUUCAAGGUAUCACAUUAAAAACCGAACAAUAUAUUUUUCAUAGCAGAGAUUCAUUUGGAGAAGCAUAUGUUAUGAGAAUUGAUUUAUUAGUUGUUUUGAAAACAUUUGAUGAUUUCUUACUUAUUGGAACGAAAUUCAAAAUAUUUGAAAACCACGAAAAUGGGUUAAUAUAUUUAGAAGACGAUCUUGGAAAAGUAAUAAGAAAAAUGACAGAGAUUAUUGAUUUAUCUCCCUUAAAACCUAUCACAAUUCAUGGAAUUAAAUCACAAAUUCUUUUUUCUAAGCAUCGUUUGCCAAAAUAAUAAAGUCAAAUAAGUUUUUGUUAAAGAUUUUAAGCUUGGUGGAUAUUUUUUGAGAGGAGCCAGAGAAUCGUAGAAUAUCUUCUCAAUGCUGCAAGCAACAAGUUUGGAAAAAGCUUCAUUUCCCUUGUGCUUGGAGCCUGUGGAACACUGAUCGAAGAUGAUGAUUUCCUGGAACAAGUACAAACAAACGAGAUUUUGAUUGCAUUACAAGAAGGAGAAAACUGGAUCUCGCCCGAAAUCUUUGAGCCUUCAUCUUCAUCUCAAACUCAAGUUACACCUAGUAUCACAAAUGUAAACGGAAAUGAAGGGAAUAAUUCAGUCGUUAUUCCAACGCUUGAGAAUUUUCUGGAACUGUCAGGAAUUCAUCCAUUUGCCGACGCGCAACCACCUGGAACUGUCCCUACUUUGAGGAAUCCAGAAGUACCACCAAAUGAUACAGAAAGUGCAGAGGAACUACUGGUAAAUACUCCAUCAUCUCUAACUUCUGCACAAACAAAGAAAGCCAUUCGUGAAUCAUUCAAGAAUUUUGAAAAUAUCAAAAUUCCGUAUGAUCAGAUGGAAAAAAAUAUAAGAGAUGCACUUAAAGGGAAACAAAAGCUGCCUCCAAAUCAGAUGGCGACAGUUGUGAAGAAAGUGGUUCUGGAGAUACGGAAAUCCGGAGUUUAUAUACCAAUAAAAGUAUUUGAUUUUGCCGCCGCCCAAAUGUGCAGGGAAUACCCUGACACAUUUGAGGAGCGUGAUGACGAUGGAGCUUUGAUUGGUGGAGGAUUCUUCGGACUCUCUGAAAAAAUGAGGAACCACAACAUCUAUCUUAACCGUCCUCAUGUUAAUAAAUUCCAAGACCAAAAUCUACACAAAGAAGUCAAGAAAUUAAGAAAAAAUGUGAAUCUAUGCUCAGGAAAUAUCAACAAUGCCCCUGAACUAAACGAAGAAUUCGGCCUGGAGCGUGAUGACAUCAACAAGGGAGAAUUAUCAAUUCCAGAGAUUGUGAAAAAAUGGCCUAAUUUACAAACCUUCGAUGGAAUUUGUCGUCACUUUGCGGCAACGACAGGCUGCGAUAUAUCACAAUUGGGAAACAUAAUGCAGGAAAAACGAAACAUUAUUGCUAAAGCGUGCCUUCCAAAUCGGUCAGCAAAUAUUCUAAGGGAGCACAACAGCACAAAUCAGGAAAAUCCUGACCAGGAAAAUUCUCUACCUGCACCAGAACCACCAGAAACAUCCCGUGAACUUCAAAAUGACGCAAAAAUAAUUUUGAAGAUUAUUGCUGAUUACUUCAAAGAAAAGAUUGAAGCAAUAUUCGGAAAUCAAACAACCAAUACCGAUGAUUUCCUUAUUCGAGAAAAUGAUGCACCACCGAAGUUCUCUAUAAUAUACAGAAACAUUGUUCUACAUGAAACAAAUUCGUGGUGGGAGGCUUUCACAAUGUAUUUUGCAGAUAUUUACAUAUUCUGCAAACUUUAUCCCGUGGAAGCUUCCCAGACACUGGAAUUUGUACAGCGGUACAUUUUAAAAAUAAAUCCAGAAGGCACAAAAUCAAAAAAAAGAUGUAUUAAAACGUGCAAUUUAAAAGUAUUAAGUCUUAUCAGAAAAAUUAAGAAUAUUUCAUCUUAGUUGAUUUCACAUCAGUGAAUGCCACAUUCCCAAGGUUUAUUCAAAAUAUAUUUUUUGAAUUCCUGAUUUUUUUGGUUGAACCAAGAAACUAUGCCUCUAUCAUUGCAUGUAAAUUAAAUGAAGUAAAUAAAAAAUUACUAUAUUGAAA